GAAGGCGCACAGUGGAACUUUCACUCACGCUCAUUAUUACGCAGGGCUCCAAUUGCACAGCAAGCAAGUGAGCGACCGCAGCUGGGAUCACCUGAUGGGAUUCUAUCAGCUAUAAAAAGGCACCAAAAGACGACUUGACGGCUUUGAGGAGAUUAAACCAGUUCUCCCUCCAAUAAUAUUAACAACAAUAAUAAUAAUAAGAAGAAUGUGCAUCUCAGGAUACCCACGUCUUGCCGUGUAAUUGAACAGCUGGCUCAAGGUGUACGUUUAUAGCAACGAAAAAAAAAAAGAAGAAAUUCUCAAUUGGUGCAGACAUGGACCUCUGGGGGGUUUAUCUGUUCCACCUCACAACUUCGGCUCUGUUGGAGGUCAUACUGGCAGGCAGGGACUGCUUGAUGGCCGGAGACUCCUGUUCAAGCGACGACACCUGCAGUCCACGCCUCCGCACUCUGCGUCAGUGUGUAGCAGGCAAUGGUAGCAUGAAGCUGGGCCCCGGCGCCAGGAGCCAGUGUGCCAACGCAGUGUCAGCCCUGAUGUCAAGCCCUUUGCAUGGCUGCCAGUGCAAAAGGGGCAUGAAGAAGGAGAAGAACUGCUUAAGCAUCUACUGGAGCCUUCACCAAUCCAUCAUUCAUGGCCUCAACUUGGUGGAGAAUUAUCCUUAUGAGACGGUGCAGAGGGAUUAUGACUACGUCCGUUUGGCCUCCAUCACAGCAGACUCCGAUAUUGGCACAGCAACAGUGAACCGCUGCCUGGAUGCAGCGAAGGCUUGCAACGUGGACGACUUGUGCCAGAAGCUCCGCACGGAGUACGUCUCAGCCUGCAUCAAGCCCAAUGCUAAAUCCGGCCUGUGCAAUCGUGCCAAAUGCAACAAGGCCCUGCGCAGAUUCUUCGACCGUGUCCCCGCCGACUACACGCACGAGCUGCUCUUUUGCCCCUGCACGGACACAGCCUGCGCGGAACGUCGGCGGCAGACCAUUGUACCGAUCUGCUCAUACGAAAGCAUGGAGAAGCCCAGCUGCAUUACACAGAGAAGGAUAUGUGAGGCUGAUUACGUGUGCAGGUCUCGCCUGGCACAGUUUCAGUACGAUUGCGAGCCCUCUGAAGCGUCUGCCAGCGGCUGCAAGCAAAGAAACUACGGAGCUUGCCUCCUCGCCUACACAGGGCUUAUCGGAAGUACAAUAACACCCAACUACGUCGACAAUGCCACAUCCAGCGUGGCGCCGUUUUGCUCCUGCUUGGCCAGCGGCAACCAGAGGCAAGAAUGUGAGGACUUCCUGGGCUACUUCACAGACAACAUCUGUCUCAGGAAUGCCCUCAGGGUGUUUGGAAGUGAAUCUGAGCAGCAGCCAACGGUAGGCCAGUCCAGUACCACAAGCCCCAACCAUGGCAGCAAAGAAAACCGAAGCACAACUUCCCCGCCCGAAACCGUAGUAACCAUGCGGAACAUUCUGGAUACAAAAAUACCCACACAGGCCAUAGGAAAUGAACUACUGGUAGCCCAGUCCACCUUGUCAUCUAACGGCAUCCCGAAUUCGGCAUCCCCUCUCCGGCUCCUUCCUCCAGCUGCCGUUAGCAUUCUCUUAUUUCACUUGCUCGACGGCGGACAAUAAAGACAGCAGGGGUGCACCCCCCUCGGCUCCCCACGGUACCAAGCGGAAUGGAGGCAGUUCACGGACCGUGCAGCUCCUCCUUCCUCCUGAACAUCUACAGCAAUUCUAUUUUUGUGCCUAGGUAGCGUAAGCGGAUUGACACUUUACCUGAAGCACAUAUGUACAUUUGUACAUAGUUGAUGCCCAAAUGAAGAUGACUGAGCUCUCGGCUACCGUGUGUUUUCAAGUUAACGUGACCUUGCAACACAGCUAUCUCCAUGCGUGUAUGAUACAAGGAUGUGAAGUAUGUGAGAAGCUGAGGACAUCAACAGAACCUCUUAUGUGGAAUAUUGUGAGUCAGUGUUUAGAGAGCGGCUGGAGCACAUGGGGCUUUAAUAGCACUCUCCUCAAGUGACUGCAAGAGGACCAUUAUUUGUGAUCAAUACAGGAAAAAUGUGGGGGAGGGGGGCCAAGGCGCUGAGACAAUAGCACAACAUUUUACUCAGACGUGGAGGACAGAUACCCCGAUUCUUCGCUGUCCUGCAGUGCUAUCUGGCAGAGAGUGAAUAAGACAAACCUUGACAUCGUGAUCAUGCUUUCCAUCAGGACUGAUGCCAUUUGUCAAACCCUCGCUUUAACUGUUAUCGCUAAGCUACAGUAUAAAACACGUUGUCGCACUUAAAAGGACAUUUCCAGGAAAAGGCAAUUUUCCUAAAGUGGAAAUAAUAGAGUCUCGAAAGAAGGGGCUCUUUACUUGUGGCUGCUAUAUAUAUAAAAAGGUGUUUUGCUUUCUGGAAAAGAUUAAUUGGAUUUACAUUAUUUCCUAGGGGAAAAAGUGAUUCAGUUAAGAGUAAAUUUCUUUUAUGACUCAAACCAAGGUUCCACUGUAUUUGUUCAUGUAUCUGUUCAACUCCUGAACCGCUACACAAAAGAGAUAAAACUUAGUCAAAACAAGCACUGUGCCUGUGCUAUUAUUUUCCUGACAAAUAGAAAAAAUGUAGCUCUUACUAAACGCUGUAAAUUGGACUGACUUGGAAUUUCUAAAACAGAUUAACAACCCACUGUCACGAUAGAGUGGUAGCAGCAAAAACAAGGGAUUUGUUACACACCUUUAAAGGAGACGAGCAAGCACAUGUGUGGGGAACUUGAGUAAGUUUGGUCAAAAAACACGGACGCCAUCAAGCAAAACAACUUUGCAGCGGUACAUGUGGGACUUAGCAUCUAGACCAUUUGUCUAAUGAUUAUCAAGCUUUGACGGUAUAUGUAUUACACGUAUGCUAGCACAUCUUCCAAAGCAUUUUAAGCACAACGGAUAGGGGCGCCACUUAUGUUAUUCAUAUCUUUUGACACACUAUUACACUGAUGCUAAAAUGUCUUAGCAAUGCAUUUCUAAUGUAGAGCUAAACUAGUUCAUGUCCACUGAAAAAGAUCCACUAUGUUGUGUUGCAAGAACCCAAUCGUUAAAUUGAAAUUAAUGUUAUUUAUAAUUUUUGCUGUGUACAUACAUCUACUGAUGCCUAGUCUGGACACAUCUUCAGUGAGGUUCCUGGGAUCUUAAGGCGUUUUGGGUCUUUCAACAUCAUACGCCCUCCUCUAGGUGACCCAGCCGGGUCUGAUCAGACCCCAGCUUGUGUCCAGACGGCUAGCUAGCUUCCAUGACUCCAUGGCUCCCCUCUUUUGAGCCAAAGCCAUUUGACGCUCUUUCUGCCGCAUCGGUGGAACUGCGGAUUGCUCUCUCUUUCUCUCUCCCUCGAUGCCUAAACUGCUGAAAGCUCUGUCCAAGGAUCGGGCUGCAAAACCCCUACAUCCAACCUCUACAGGGAGACACCUUGUUCUCUAGCCACUUGCCGGCAGUCGCUGACCAGUCCCGCGUACUUGGAGAGCUUCCUUUCAAAGGUUUCAUCCAGUCGAUCUUCCCAGGGGACUGUCAGCUCAAGCAGCACUAUUUGCCUGGUGGACUCUGACACGAGGACAAUGUCUGGUCGCAGGGUGGUGACAGCAAUAAGGCUGGGAACUUCAGCUGAUGUUCAAGAUUCACCAACAACUGCCAGUCUCUUGGAGACAUCAGUAUGCCUGCAGAUGUUGUUCUUCUGACAGGAGUUGGCUUGUCCCCAGUUCUGACAAAGGCAAUGUUUUUCUUGGAGGGACGGAACUGCUUUGCCCACACCAGUCCUGAGCUGAUGGCCUCAGCGUUGGUUUUAAGGACUUGGUCAUGCCUCCACCUGUACCGUCCAUCUCCAAGUGCCCUUGUACAGCAGCUGAGGAUGUGUUCCAGGGUUCCUCACUUUGAACACAGUGGGCAUGCUGGUGACUCUACUAUGCCCCAUGUGUGCAGGUUUGACGGGCUUGGAAGCACAUCAUACACUGCCUGGAUGAGGAAUUUAAUGCGGUGAGGCUCAGAUUUCCAAAGCUCUGCCCAAGUGACUUUCCUCUCAACCGCAUUCUCCCAUCUUAUCCAAGUUCCCUGAUGUUUCAUUCCCACUGCCUUGUAGGUUCUGGUCUUCUCCACUGCUGCUCGCACCUUCUCCGGAACAAGGCGUCGCCUUUCCUUCCCCCUGGUGUUCAUUUGGGGACACGGAAAGGAACCUAGCCCUGCUUGGCUUCGUGUGACCACUCCCACCAGGCACCUGUGGUGCAGCCUAGCAUCUGCCUCUUGAACUGCUUCCUCAGCCCUCCAUUUCCUGCCCGUUGUUACAGCAGCAAGCAAGAUACGCAAGUAAAGAAUAUAUAGUGACUACAACAUGGUUCAGGUGGUGCAGGUGUUGUAGAGCCUGACAGUCGUUCGUGCGGGGCCCUCUGCACUCUGGUUCAGCAGACUUGGUGAGCGUGUUCAUGGCUAGGGAGAACAACGUCACAGAGAUAGUGCACCCUGUGAUGAUACCAAUCUCCACCUUGUGCCAACUGGAUGUUAUUGCUCCUGAAGAGACCCUCAUCCUGAUAUUGUUGUAAUAAUCAGCGAUGAGGUCUCUGCACCUGUUGGUACGUGAUGUUUCGUCAGAGUGAGCUGAAGCAGUUUGUGUGGAAUGGAACCGAAAGCUUUUGCCAGAUCAAGCCACAACACUGACAAGUUGCCCUUGUUCUCUCUGGCCUCCCGAAUGAGGUGUGUCACCACACCCGUAUGCUCCAGACAACCUGACAUUCCUGAAAUGCCUCCUUUCUGGACUGAUGUAUCGAUGUACGUAGGUGUUCUUUGCCAGGUAGGUACACAGCCAAUUGGAAACAGUGCUGAAGAAAACCUUUGCCUCAAUGCACAACAGGGAAAUAAUUCGGAACUGGUCAAGCUGGGUGGAAUUUUCCUCCUUUGGGAUCCAAACCCCUUCAGCAACUCUCCAUUGGCCAGGGAUCCUCCCCCUUCUCCAGAAGACUCACAGGAUUUUGCACAGACGCAGCAGGAGUUUGGGACAGUUCUUAUACACUUUGUAUGAAGUGCCACUCGGUCCUGGAGCAGAGCUUGCCCUUGCUUUGCGGACAACCUCCCUGAUUUCCGUUAGCUGCAGCUCUGUCAUGUCGAACUGCACUUCUGGUUCAGGGGGUUUUAUAAGGUUGUUACACUCUCCCAACUCCUGCUCUCUUGCGGGGUCGCCGUACGUCUCCUUCAGAUGUACAGUAGGUCUAUACCUUCCUGCGAGGAGACCAGUUUGCCACUGCGCUUGUGCCCAAUUUUAAUAAUUAAUUUUAUUUAAAUAAAUAAAUUAAGUUAAUUUAAAUUUGCAGAGCACCAUGAUAAUUGUCAAAUAGUCAAAAAUUGUCAAAAAUAAUCACCCCUUAAACAGACUUGAGAAGAAAAACUGACAUGCCUCACCAGCAAAAAGGUUAUUUUAGGUUUCACAGGCUUGAUAAUAAGAUCUGCAGAAAUAUAUUCAGAGCAUGGAUCAACAGAAAAUGGGGUUUAGAAAAUCAUUUCAGAGGGAGGUUUCUACAAAUUUGAUGCUGCAUAUUUGCAUGACACCUGGACUGCCUUGUUGGAAAAGUGGAAUAUCCAGAAAUACGGGAGAAAGAGUUGUAAAAUCCUCCUGCUUCUUUUGUUUGUUUUUUGCUUUAUAACUUCCAUGCAUUAACAAUGAUCAACACCAUUCCCAGGUAUAGCGGAGACUCCAAAUCCAGCACCGAUCAAUAAGAACAAUCAAAAGUUGCUCAAGGGUGUUGAAGCCUCUCACUAUUUACCACAAGAUCAUUUCACCUGCACUACUUCAACACACCUCCACUGCUCUGCACUAUUUCUGUGAUUUGUUCUUUUCUCCAUGUCGCCAAGCUUUGGAGUUGGAAGAAGGAACUGAAAUUGAUCGCCUUACUAAUUGGCGUAAACGCCUGACUUUUUGUUCUGUUCUUGACUACAUCUUCUCACUGCGGGUAAUUCCCUUAACACGCUAGUUGUCACAACACAGUGAGUGCAAUGAAACCUCUCAGCAAUUAUACACAAAAGCUGUUCAUUACAUGUAAGCGAUGUAAAAAAAAACAAAAAACGUCAGUCUGUCAUGUGCCUGGCUGUGAGAACUCCGUAUAAGGUUUAGUUUAGUUUCUUUAUGCACAGUAAAUAGGCAGCCUGAUAAAUCUAAGCCAACAAAAAUGUGUGACAACGACCAAAGCCAGAUCACUGCCCUCUCUUGGUCAGCGGUGGGUGCAAGACUGUUAAAAGACUUGUUUAGUCGUGGAGUGUACAAAGAGAAAGAUGAGCGACUGGCAGCUCCUGACAUGUCGUAUGAACAUCAGAUUGAUUUCUGUAAAGUUACUUUGGCUCUGUUAUCCUUUGGAAUCAACAGUGUUCUUGCUUUCUUUGUCAAAAGAUUGGAAAUUGUGACUGAUAACACACUGAUACAAAAAUACAGUUGUCCCUUGCUACAUCGUGGUUCGAACAUCACACUCUCACACUAUCGCGGUUUUUCAAAAAUGUAUUAAUUAAUAAAUGAUCGUUGUUUUGUGGUUGAAUACAAUCUAUUAUUAGUAAAUAAUAUGCAUAUUUAAGCGAAUUAUGCAUUUGAAGCAUAAAAAUGACUAAAUGAAUACAAAUAUAAAUAUAAGGCAUCCAAACUCAUAUUUACAUACAUACACAUAUACUGUAUAUGUAUACACGUACAUGUAGUACCUAUAUCAUUGGUAAUAUUACCUUUUCCCCGACUUAAGAAGAAUUCGACUUCAGAACGGUCGUCUGGAACCAAUUAUGUUCGUUGGUUGGGGACUUAGUGUAUACAGGUGUCCUCGGGUUACAACAUUCUGAGUUUCGGCAUUUCAAGGUUGUACACACGCUCCCAGAAAUGAAUUAAAACCUUAAUUUUGGUCUGUAAACACUGGACUCGCUCGAGAAUUAGUUUCAGCACGCGCAGCGGAUGAAUUCUGUGAGUGCCUCAUUCGAAGUUUAUUAAUGAACUUUUUGCACUUCAUUACGUCUCCCAAGCAGGCAGGCACUUCAGAAAAGAGCAUCCAUCAUCAUGCAACUGAAGAUGAAUAUCAUAGCUCUGAAAGAGUUAAAACACCCACCAAUAUUGGCAGAACGUUCGGUAUUAAAUGACUAUCACAACCAUCAUUAAGGAUAAAGACUGCUGGGUUUCCGCUACAUGUAAUUGAUGAUGGCGCAGCGCCACAACAAAAUAAAAGCCGCCACACCUUAAAAAUGAGUUUGUUUUUUUGUUUAAAACUUGGAAACAAUGUUAAGUAGUAUAUUUUAUGAAUAUAUAUGCUUUAUAGAUACAUGUAUAGCUUAUUAUUUGCACACAUAUUGACCACAAUUAGUUUGAAAACAAUUUAAAAUAUCAUAUUAUUUUGAUAAGCAUGCACUGGAAUCGCCUGUCAACCCUGGUGGCACUUGCGCAUGUGUGACCAGAUCGACGUUCACUUUGUUUCUUAUUAUCGAGAGAAAGAAAAAUAGUCUGCAAAUGUGUAGUCAACUGACGACAGCUUGACACAGGCUAAGCCUAUCUAUGCCAGCGUGUGUGAUCGCUCACGUUUCAAUCUCACUCGACUUUGUGGCAUCUUUUAUUAUUAUUAUUGAACUCUUUAUUUCCCAUGUUUUCAUAUUACUCUAAAACAGGCAUCAAAUUAAAUUUAGGUUUGUGUCAAAUAGUACAAAAUGUAGUAGUCACGUAGGCCUAUUUAACUAUGUAGGUCAACUUUGCCAUUAAAUUAACAGAUUUGCAAUGUUCUCGGUUCAUGUUUGCUGGUUGUUGAAAAAAGUUGAAUAAAUAAGACAAUAAAUAAAUAAGUCAUAAAAAUUGUUAUUCGUCAUAAUUAAAAAAAAAAAAUGCAGACGCAGCAGCGGCACGACACGGCUGUGGCAGUCCGCCCUCCCAUGCAGCCCACCACCACAACUUCAAAAAUCCUGGAGAAACCCUGGAUUGUGUCCUUUAACAUGUUAAAGCAUCUGCUCCUGUAAAAGGGACGGUAAUAACUAAGCGCGCAGGGGUGCUAUUAUUGUUUUAUUUAUUGUCCUGUCCCUUCCACUUAAUCCUUCCAAUAAGCCACAGAGUAAAAAGUAAGUUAUGUUUUUUUUAUUACCGUUUCAUUAAAUUCUCGUAUUUAAUGUUUUUAUUACUGUAUUUUAUAUGUCCUUUAUAUGUUCUCUGUACAGUGAUUUAGGAGUUAAUUUAGGCAUGAGAUCUGACUUACAACAAAACUCAACCUUGCAGUGUAGGAAGGUACGUAACCCGAGGAUCACCUGUACUUGUAAAUCAAUAGCAUUUUGCUGAGACAAAAGGGCAACAAUCCUUAAAAGCUUGAGUUUAGAAUUUAAAAGCAGUAAAACGCAGACAGCAAACCUCUCCAUACAUUUUGGCAAAAUCCAAUCCAACAAAGUCAACAAAGAGGCAUUUUUUGCACAAAUAUGCAGUAUAGUACACUCUAUAAGCAUGUUAACUGACGUUGGAGCCGCAACUUCAACCGUAUGUUUUUUUUUUUUUUUUUUUUUAAUCAGUACUAACCAUCCCUGCUUCCCCUGCAAGACUGUGCUGCUGUCCACUCCUGGUAAAAAUCAUCACAACAGCCUUUCUAAUCUUCCUCCCCCUCAUCUUUUUGUACAUAUGCAACGGUGAAUAUUUAUAGCACUGUUUUCCUUUCAGUCUCUGACAAGCUGCUUCUCACAGAUUUCCACCUCCAGAUGAGCGUACAUGUUCGCAUCUGUCUGCUUACAUCUGUGUUAGCGAACGCGUGGGAAUUCAAGUGGAUGUGCGCGAUGCAUGUACACACGUCUCUACAAAAGGUCUGCUUUUGUCCACGCAAAUAAGCUCUCUUGCAUGAACAAAUAUGCCGAAUUAGUCUUUUCCCACCUUUUCCAGGCGGACCAAGUUCACCCCACAGUACACAUUAAGUGAGGGGCAGGAACUAUAACAGAGUACUCUGUAAAUAAAAAUAGUGUAGUUCAACCUUUGGCUAGCGGGAGUAAUGGCUAGCGAUAGUGCCAAGGAGAAGCCAAAGCUUGAAAACUAUCUUCCAUUGUUAAGCUUUUUUGUUUGGGAACUGUAACAGUGCUACAAGUUGCAACUAUUAAUGCUGCAUUCGACAUAACCAAAACUAAAACUGAUAAUAGCCAUGGCUUGCACAUUUACUUGUGCCUUUCAGCAGAGACAUAAGGAAAAUGGAUGAUAAGAAAGGCAUUUUCCUCCAUUUGUGCAUACUUUAUUCUCUUUUCAUAAGAUAUUUUACACCCUAACAGAGCUGCUGCUGUAAUUUCGUUGCGUGUUUUAACUACAGUCUAUACGUUUACGUGCACAAAAAAAAAAAAAAAAAAAUUAUUAUUAUUAUUUUUUUAUUGCAACCUUAAGCUUGCAGGUUCGAUCCUUUGAUUGUGUUGAAGUGUCCUUGAGCAAGAUACUGAACCCUCAGUUGCUCCUGGUGCUGCGUCAUCAGUAUGUAAAUGUGCUAGCAGUGUCAAAGCGCUUUGAGUGCCUUGGCGGUAGAAAAGCGCUGUACAAGUGAAAGACCAUUUACCAUUGCGAGGAGCUGUUCAAGCUAGUGUGAAUGUUCAGUGGUUGGUGCUUGUAGCUAAAUUGAUAUAUGUCCAUGUUCAGUGGCUGUAACUUUAGCUACAAUCUAAAUUGUUGCCAGGUGGCUCAUGGAUGUGGAGAAAAACAGACAACUGUGUCUACCGUCCGUGGCUAUUAAAGACAUAAUGAUAUGGAGGAAGCGGUCACACUUUGUGAUGUAAAAAAGCAGCUAUUACACUGCGCCGACCUGGUUGUUUCUGUACCAAUCGUUAGCCAUCCAGGUCAAGAUGCUCGUCAGAAAUUGAAUAGAGCACAGCAGUUGUGUCUGGUAGGUAAUUGUUUUGCAUAAUCACUUCAACUGAGACAUAGUUGACAGCAAAAUGUGGGUCGUAUAAAUAUUUUUCAUGCAUAUUUGCAGCCGCUGGCAGCCGAAACGUGUUGCCUGGUCUCGUGAGAGAAACUCUCUGACAACAAGCCAAAAAAAUCAGGGAACUUGGACAUUUGUAAGCGACUUUACAAAAAACAAAGCCAACAAGAACAGGAAACUUGGGAAUUUGCUAGCAUCUUUACAAAAAAAACAAGCCCAAAGUCGCUUCUAACAAGCGAAUGUGGCAACGUUGGCCGUGAUGCUUUGUCUAUCGUGACGUAACAGGUCAAGCGGAAAAGCCAAACCUUUCCCCGUGCUGAAAGAAACAUGAGCACCAUCUAGCGUUUUGGGAGACACACGGCGUAUGGCCAACAAUUGCAGUGGAGAUAAACGGUGCAUAUAAGCAUGAAUGUCACGCUGAGGUGUGAGAAAUAGAAAAAUCACAUUAUUUCAGUAAUCUGAUGAACUCAGUGCAUGGAAACAUACUGAAUGAUAAUAAAGCUUUUUGUACAUUGCAAACUUUUCUUCCGGUAGCUAACAGUCUAAAAAAACUAAAUGGAGGCAUUUUCGUUAGUUGCUGUGGAAGAAUCCAGGUUAAUACUACCAUGGUUUUAUUGUGAAGCUCACUUUGCACUGAACAGGAAGUCACUUUGUGUUUUGAUGCUUUGUAAGUAGACAAGAGUUAUUUUGCUGUUGUCUUUUCACUUUGCUUAGAGAUAACGAUGAAGUUAAUAAUACUACAACACGUCGGAAAACAGACCAAUUUUUCCUAGAAAUGACCCCCUUAGGUCUCAAAUUCAGUGGGCACUUCUUAGUAAUAAGAUGAACACUGUGGACCAGGUCCUGAUGAGUUGGUCGACAUCUACAGGCUGUCGACAUAAAGACACCAACUUAAGUGACUGUAUUAUACUGUAUACACUAUUUGUAUUUUUAUUU